ACAUUUUUUCCAAUUCUUCAUUUUCGUUCGAAAAAUUGAAGGAAAACUCGUGUAGAUUUUAUUGCCCUUCUGUGUUUUGUUUUUACAAAAUUCAUGCAAAAUUUUGAUUGCAAAGAAAAAGAAAUAUUAAUAAAGUUUAUUAAUACGUGUAAUGUUGCCUAAAACACCCAAAAGUCCUUUCUGGAAAUUCGUCAAAAGUAGUGCUAAGACUCUUUUUAUUAUAGAAACUUUCUGCUUUGCAGCAUCAUAUGGAGUUUAUUAUCGCAUGAAUACAAAUCGUGAGUUCCGUCAGUACAUUAACAAAAACUUCCCCUUCGUAUUGGAUUACUAUUAUAAAGUUGGAGAAUUUCUUGGCAAUAGUAAUUUAAGAGAAAUCGAUUCUACCAUUUGGCGUACUCAGGAAAAGAAGGAAUAAUUCCCC